AUGUCCCAUUCAACAUCAGGGUUUAGAAAUCCCUUCAAGAUAUUCAGUCGGAAAAGUAUAACGUCUACGGUUGAUAGUGGUCAUCGAGGCAUAAAUAACGGAGACGCACCCACGCCUACGCUAACUUCCGCUACUUGGAGAGGUGAUGAAAAGAGAGCACAACUUUUGGAAGAGCAAUUGAGGGAGGUGAGUCUGACGGCUUCAAAGGCAUAUGACGAAAUUGAAGAUUAUAAGCAAAGAAAUAUGCUGCUUGAAGAACAGGUUUCGAAGCAGCAACUUAUGAUUGAAACUUUGACUGGCCAGCUGGAAAAGCUGAACACUGAGAAUAUGAGUCACCAGAGGGAAAAGGACAUGGAAGACAAAGAAAUGCAGCAACUAAGAGCUUCUAGGUCCAAUGAUAAAGGUAAGAUACUAAAUCUUGAACACGAGAAGCAUAAAUUGCAGGUUGAAAACGAAAAUUUGAGGAAACAAAUGGCUCAACUUGAAGAAACGAAUAGGGCAUAUUCCCUGAAAAUAUUCGAAAGUGAAGGAGGCCAUGGAAGUGGGAUACAAAAAAUAGCCUCAAGAAUUAAUUCAAGCAAUACAGUAACUCCGCCAAGCUCUUCUUCGAACGAUAAUACCCUCAGUCCAAAUGAGGAAAGUCCAUAUGAAACUCCUAAAAACUAUAGACAACUUGUUCGCCAAUUGGAGCACAAGAUACACGAAUUAGAAAGCAUUAUAGAGUCGAAGAACGAAGCAUACGAAAACACCAUUUGUACAUUGAAGCAUACCAUGAUGAUAAUAAACAACAACAAGAGUUUCCUCACUUCCAAAAAACACCGAAGUUUUGACACUGCAGAUGUUGAAUAUGAAAAUGUUGUAGAUAAAGGUGAUGGAAGUACCUUUAUUUUUGAAAAUAUUUCAUUUCUACCUUGA